UUGUAGAAGGUCACAUAUCCUGACGCUCUGUCGCGUAUAAAAGCGGCUCGACUCGAGGAUUGCGCGCAGUUACUACAUCGACUCUUCGCCGUCGACAACAGUAACGCAGUACAGCAAAGUAUUGUUUCCAGAUUAUUCCAAAGUAUACAAAAAUGCGUGAGUGUAUUUCCAUUCAUGUGGGUCAAGCCGGUGUCCAGAUUGGCAAUGCCUGCUGGGAACUUUACUGCCUUGAGCAUGGGAUUCAGCCGGAUGGACAGAUGCCCAGUGAUAAGACCAUUGGUGGAGGGGAUGACUCCUUCAACACUUUUUUCAGUGAGACAGGAGCUGGCAAGCAUGUUCCCAGGGCCGUGUUUGUAGAUCUGGAGCCCACUGUGAUUGAUGAGGUUCGCACCGGAAUUUACCGUCAGCUUUUCCACCCUGAGCAGCUGAUCACUGGAAAGGAGGAUGCAGCUAACAACUACGCUCGUGGCCAUUACACUAUUGGCAAAGAAAUCAUUGAUCUGGUUCUUGACAGGAUUCGCAAACUGGCUGACCAGUGCACUGGACUUCAGGGCUUCUUGGUGUUCCACAGCUUUGGAGGGGGAACUGGUUCUGGUUUCACCUCUUUACUGAUGGAGCGCCUUUCUGUUGAUUAUGGAAAGAAGUCCAAGCUUGAGUUCUCCAUCUACCCAGCUCCACAGGUGUCUACUGCUGUGGUGGAGCCCUACAACUCCAUUCUUACCACCCACACCACCCUCGAGCACUCAGAUUGUGCUUUCAUGGUCGACAAUGAGGCCAUCUAUGACAUCUGCCGUAGAAACCUCGAUAUCGAGCGUCCCACUUACACUAACCUUAACAGGCUGAUCAGCCAGAUUGUGUCCUCCAUUACUGCCUCCCUACGGUUUGAUGGCGCCUUGAAUGUUGACUUAACUGAGUUUCAGACAAACUUGGUGCCGUAUCCACGUAUCCAUUUUCCUUUAGCAACUUACGCUCCUGUGAUCUCAGCUGAGAAAGCUUACCAUGAGCAGCUCUCAGUGGCUGAGAUCACUAAUGCUUGCUUUGAGCCAUCUAAUCAGAUGGUCAAAUGUGACCCACGUCACGGCAAGUACAUGGCUUGUUGUCUGUUGUACCGUGGUGAUGUUGUACCUAAAGAUGUAAAUGCUGCUAUUGCCACCAUAAAGACCAAGCGCAGCAUUCAGUUUGUGGACUGGUGUCCAACUGGUUUCAAGGUUGGUAUCAACUACCAGCCCCCUACCGUUGUACCUGGUGGUGAUUUGGCUAAGGUACAGCGAGCUGUGUGCAUGCUAAGCAACACCACUGCUAUUGCAGAGGCUUGGGCCAGACUUGAUCAUAAGUUCGAUCUGAUGUACGCCAAGCGUGCCUUUGUGCACUGGUAUGUAGGUGAAGGUAUGGAGGAGGGAGAGUUCUCCGAGGCUAGAGAAGACAUGGCAGCUCUGGAGAAAGAUUAUGAGGAGGUGGGUGUAGAUUCAGUCGAGGGAGAAGGAGAAGAGGAGGGAGAGGAGUUUUAAGAUCAUUUUUUUCUUCUCCAGGUUAGUUACAGCUUUGCAUCAUUAAUCAGUUUUAUUCAGAAAUGUAAAUGAAUGAGUCUUUAAAGGUGACAAAUGACAUGUCAAGUGAGGAUUCAGUUUGUCUAUUGCGAUGUCAAGAAUGUGUAGUAAACAUUUGUUCUUUGGAACACAUCAAUCACAUAUUUAAUGCACCAAUCAACUGAGAUUGAGUCCUAUUUUGAUUCCUGUUUGUAGAUCAAAUAAAAUUAUGCACUGACCUUACUGACAUCUGCAAUAAAUUGAUCAUUUCAA